GGAAAGAUAAUAAUAUAUCAAGUAAUGCUAUAGAUUUUGAAGUUGAACCUCCACUAUAUACUAGAGCAACUAACAAUUAUGAUGAAGUAGCAAAAAAAAUUAAUGAAAGUUGCAAAUUAGAUGAAACUCAAGCGAAUGCAUUUAUCUCUGCUUUAACACGUGAAAUUGCUUUAAUUGAAGGACCACCUGGUACUGGAAAAACUGUAGUUAGUAUUGAGAUAAUGAAAGUAUUAUUUGCCAAAGAAAUCGAAAAACAAAAAAUUGGUCCUAUUCUUACCAUUUGUUUUACUAAUCAUGCUCUUGACCAAUUUUUGGAGCAUUUGCUUGAUGUAAAAAUAACGAAUAUAGUCAGGUUAGGAUCUCGAACAAAAUCUGAUAUGAUCAAAGAAUUUUGUCUUGAAGAAGUUUGCAAAAGCCGCGCCCGUAACAAAACAGAAUCCCGUUUAAUGGCACUAUUACAUGAGAAUUUAGAAGAAAUUGAGGAUAGAGUUAAUAAAAUCAAAACAAAUGAUAGUGAUUUACCUAGCUGGGUUUUCAAUAUUGAAGAAGGGUUUACGACCAGGAAAAAACAGAAGAAACGUCCUUUAUUCGAGAGAUGGGUAAAUGGGGAAAAUAUUGAAAUAAUUAGAAGAACACAGAAAGCGUUUUCAAAUCCACCACAGAAAAAUAAGAAAAAUAAAAAGGAUCCAAGCCCGAAUACAUAUGAUGCAUUAAAGGUUGAAGAUGAAAUCGAAGAAAUCACAAGUGAUGAUGGCGAAACACAAACCGAUUAUAAAACAUUACAAUGGAUAAUAGAUUAUGUAGUACCAAAAACUAACCGUACCAUAGAAGAAUUAUUAAGUACCUAUUCAAUUUGGCAAAUGUCAAGAAGUACCAAAGUUCGAGGUGAACUUAUAGAAGAAUUAUCAAAUUUACAAAAUAGUCACGAUAAUCAACGAAAAGAAAUGGAUGAAAUUUAUGAUGAAGGUCGUCGUCGAAUAUUAUUAGUUAGUGAUGUUAUUAAGGCUGGUGAAGUACUUGAGGCCCAUAUUCUUAGAGCACUAACCCCUUCAAUUCAGCAUAUAAUACUGAUUGGAGAUCCAAAGCAGCUUCGACCGAAUAUCGCUACCUAUUCUCUCAGUAUGGAUUCUAUCUUGGGAAAAAUUAUCAAUUAG